ACACAGCGGAAUCUCAGGUGUUCUGAUGAACUGUCAUGGAGGCUUUUAGCCGCCACCGCUACUGACGGUUAUUUUACUGUCUUAGUGCUGAUUUUAUUCACUCGAUCGUCCUGUCAUCUCCUCUGGUGUAAAGGUUGACAGUCAGUGGAAUCAUGGAGUCCAUGCUCAAUAAACUAAAGAGCACCGUCACCAAGGUGACAGCUGACAUGACCAGCGCCGUCAUGGGUAACCCCGUCACACGGGAGUUUGAGGUGGGCCGACAUAUUGCCAGUGGGGGUCCUGGAAUGAGCUGGAGGAUCUACAAUGGCACUAAAAAGUCCACUAAACAGGAAGUGGCAGUCUUUGUGUUCGAUAAGAAGAUCAUUGAUCGCUAUCAGAAGUUUGAAAAGGAUCAGAUCGUUGAUUCACUAAAGAAAGGAGUCCAGCAGCUGACCCGGUUGAGGCAUCCGCGCCUACUCACGGUUCAGCAUCCGCUAGAGGAGUCCAGAGACUGUCUAGCAUUCUGCACAGAGCCUGUGUUCGCCAGUCUAGCUAAUGUGCUCGGCCAGUGGGACAACCUCCCCAGUCCUGUUCCCACAGACAUCAAAGAAUACAAGCUCUAUGAUGUAGAGACCAAAUACGGCUUACUGCAGAUCUCGGAGGGUUUGUCAUUUCUUCACAGUGGGGUGAAAAUGGUUCAUGGUAACCUGUGUGCAGAAAACGUCAUCUUGAAUAAAAGUGGAGCUUGGAAGAUCAUGGGCUUUGACUUCAGUAUUUCCUCUAGUAAUCCCUGUGAUGCAGAGCCAAAGUAUGUGUGUAAAGAGUGGGACCCCAAUCUACCGCCCCUCUGCCUGCCUAACCCAGAGUAUGUCGCCCCAGAAUACAUUCUGUCCGUCAGCUGUGAUGCGGUCUCUGACAUGUACUCGCUGGGUGUGUUGAUCCACGCUGUGUUUAACGAAGGCAAACCCGUCUUUAAAGUCAACAAGCAGGACAUAUAUAAGAGCUUUAGUCGACAACUCGACCAGUUGAGUCAUCUGAGCCCUGGAGUGUUAAAUCAGAUCCCAGAAGAGGUCAGAGAACAUGUGAAGAUGUUGCUCAGUGUCACACCUAACGUGCGUCCAGAUGCAGACCAGAUGACAAAGAUUCCCUUCUUUGAUGAUGUCGGAGCGAUGACACUGCAGUACUUCGACUCGCUUUUCCAGCGGGACAACUUGCAGAAAUCUCAGUUCUACAAAGGCCUCCCCAAAGUUUUGCCCAAGCUCCCUAAGCGAGUGGUCAUCUAUCGUAUUCUCCCGGCUCUCAUGUCGGAGUUUGUGAAUCCAGAUAUGGUUCCAUUUGUACUCCCAAACGUAUUACUCAUUGCUGAGGAGUGCACUAAAGAGGAAUACGUCCGUCUUGUUCUCCCAGACCUCACCCCGGUGUUCAAACAGCAGGAGCCUGUACAGGCCAGCAAUAUGAUCCUGUUGAUAUUCCUACAAAAGAUGGACCUACUCUUGACCAAAACGCCUCCUGAGGACAUCAAGAACAGUGUGCUGCCUAUGGUGUACAGAGCAGUAGAGGCACCGUCUAAACAAAUACAGGAACUCUGUCUUAAUAUCAUUCCCACGUUUGCCAACCUGAUCGAGUAUCCCUCUAUGAAGAACGCACUUAUCCCUCGUAUCAAAUCUACCUGUUUACAGACAUCCUCACUAGCGGUGAGGGUGAACUCUUUGGUGUGCCUAGGCAAGAUUCUGGAAUACCUUGACAAAUGGUACGUCAUUGAUGAAAUUCUACCAUUCCUGCAACAAAUUCCAUCCAGGGAACCAGCUGUGCUUAUGGGAGUUCUGGGCAUCUACAAGUGCACUUUCACUCAUAAGAAACUAGGCAUCCCAAAGGAGCACCUGGCUGCGAAGAGUUUACCUCAUUUGGUGUCAAUCAGUAUUGAUAACAACCUUAACCUGAACCAGUUCAGUUCUUUCAUGUCUGUGAUCAAGGACAUGUUGAGUCGCAUGGAGGCGGAGCAUAAGACCAAACUAGAGCAGCUGCAUGUCAUGCAGGAGCAGCACAGGAGUUUAAACAUUAACCAGAUGAACCAAUCAGAGGAGACGAAGAGCACCCCCAGUCCAGCCACUCAAGUCAGAGAUAUUGAUGAAAUCUUCAGUGGUAGUUCAGGAAGUGCAGGUGUGAACUGUAAAGAGAACGGUUCCUCAUCAGCUGCUUCUCAACCCUCAAGAGUGUCUCUUACCCUGGAGGAAAAGCAACGUUUAGCUAAAGAACAGGAACAGGCGGCCAAACUGAGAAGCCAGCAGCCAUUGGCUCCACAGAGUGUGAAACCAGCAACAACAACAACACCGGCAAAGGAUCUCACCAGUAGUCUUCUGAACAGCAUGACAUCUCUAAACAACUUCUCGUUGAACUCUGGGCCCAGAGGCACCAUCUCCUCUGCCUUCCCAUCUGGACCCAGCAUGGGUGGAAUGGGCGCCAUGGGCCCCGUCAGCAACGGCUUCAACACGCCCAUGGGAUUCCAGACAGGCGGCAUGGGAAUAGGCAUGAGACCCACCACUCCAGCUCUCUACGGGGGCAUGGCAACCACCACCAGCACUCCAAACUUCAGUGCCCUCACCCAGAACCAAAACCAGCCAGGCAAACCCACAAACAUGUCCGCCUUAGACUCCCUCUUCACACAAAACAAACCCAAAGUAAGCAUGAACCAAAUGGCCCCCAAACCGGCCCCAGGAACCACUGCGCCUUCCCCAUGGCUCAACCAGUUUGGUAUGGGCCAACCUUCCCAGACUGCGCCCGUGCAAGUGGCCCCAAUGGGAAUGCAAGGUGGAUUUGGGGCGCAGGCCAAUCCUUUUUUCAACCCACAGAACUUCUCGCAGCCUGUGGCUGCUCCCGCAAUGAUGAAACAAAGUGCUCCAGUCAACAACGAUCUCAAAGACCUCUUCGGAUAGACCUUGUGACUUGUGUUGCCUUUUAAAUGCGAAACAACAUCAGCAGCGAAGUUGACAGUCAACACUUGGUGUGAAGGUGGAACGUUGUAUACUACGUGAAAGACGUUGUUUAAAAUGGUUUUCUGGUUUAUUUCGUCUUUUUUAGCUCUUAUCAUUGCAAACAGUCUACUUAUCUCAAAAUAGCCGGACAAACCAUCAUGUUUCUUAAAGGGAUAGUUCACCCAAAAAUGACAAGUCUGUCAUCAUUUACUCACCCUCAGGUUGUUCCAAAUCU